AUGCCGCAAGACGGUGGAGUACAAGUUACGGCUGAAAGCCUCGUACACAAAGUCGCUGUUCGCGUACCCCCCUUCUGGAACGACGAACCGGAACUAUGGUUCGCACAAUUAGAGGGCCAAUUUACGAUUAGCGGAAUUACCCAAGAUUCCACUAAAUAUUCAUACGCUCUAUCGCAAUUAAAUUCAAAUCAAAUCAAAGAGAUUAAAGACGUAAUCACUCAGCCUCCCGCGGCCGAGAAAUAUGAAUCGGUGAAGCAAGCGCUCAUACAGCGAAUGUCUGUCUCCCAAGAACAGCGCACACUACAGCUCUUAGAGCUAGAGGAGUUAGGAGAUCGCAAACCAUCACAAUUUUUGCGACAUCUCCGUACCCUGGCCGGAAAUAAUGUUCCAGAUUCUCUUUUACGCACGCUCUGGCUGGGAAGACUUCCACAACAGGCUCAGAUGAUUCUAGCCACCAGGACCGACGACUGUCUUAACGAUGUAGCAGUGCAAGCCGAUCGCAUCCACGAGAUGACCAACAAGGCAGUGGUAGCUUCUACGUCCGCACCUGCGGCAACCUCUCUCGAAGCAAGAGUAGAGGCUUUAACAAAACAAGUUGCUUCUCUCACCACGCAUCUUUCCCGAGACAAGAAACGGGAUAAGAAAUCCGAAAGAAAACGGAGCCGAAGUCGCAGCCAGAAGCCGACAAAGAGCACAGACAAUGAGAAGCACUGUUAUUAUCACAACAGAUUCGGCGAGAAAGCUAAGAAAUGCACUCAGCCAUGCACCUACAAAUCGGAAAACGAAAAGGGGAGUCACUAG